AUGCAAGCAAGGCUUCUGCGAUGCCAACUUGACGCUGUCAGCAUAGAAUCGCUGCACGAGUUUCUUUCGACCAAGGAGAAGGCGGCCAUCCCCGACAAAAACGAUAUCUUCUUCGCAGUCAUCUCCGCGCGGCGCGCGAAGUUUGAUGAAUGCUUGCAGGACAUAGCGAUGGUUCAAGCGCAGUUCUUGAGGGCUGGGGUAGAGCCGGUUUGGUACGUGGACGCAGGGGACCUGAACGACUACAAUAGCCUCGGUCUCAAGGUGGUCGAAGGUGGAAAGCGCGCCGCAGCCCGCAACAAAGCUCUGGAGGAAGCUGCACGUCUUGGGAAGCCUUGUUGCCAAUGCAGCGACGACAUUAGUAGAUGGGAAUUCCGACCAGGUCCCCGAGUCGCCAAGACCGAGGAUGCAUUGAAGACAGCCUGGAACUCCUCCAAAGCUGUUGUCGCCUCACCGGUGGCGGCGGCUCAGUUCUUGCUGGCAAAGCUUCGGGCUCACGAGGGUCAACAGAGACCUUAUCUGGCCGGUGUCCACAAUAAUGGAAUCACUGAGCGAACUUUCGGCAGACACGAGUAUGAGACGCAUCAUCACAUUCCCGGCGAUUUCUUCGUUGCGGACCUUUCUCCAGUUCGCUUCGACGAAUCAUUGGUUCGAAAGGAGGACUUCGUGUUCACGGUUCAGCACAUCGAGAAGCACGCUUCGGUCCUCCGGUGUAAUCGGUGGAUGAUCGAAGCGAAGCACCGAAAGAACCCAGGCGGGGCCAAUACAAACAAAGAAGGCCGGAGAAAAGCAGAGAAGCAGAGCCAGGAAGAAAUUUUAGCUCGAUGGCCGCAGGUCUUCCGCAAACACAAGACGGCAGAGCGCGAGGUCAUCAUGACCUGGCCUGAUCAAGAACCCGACUCCGAGGGCGAGGUGGCGAAAGAGCCGAAAAGGAAGCCCAAGCGCGGCAGAGAGGAUGACGCAGAUGACAAGGAGGCAAAGAAGCCGCCGACGCCAUUGGAUUUCACGAAGCCCUCCACUCCGAAGGAAUCGGCGAAGCCCCCGACUCCCAAAGAAGUCGCAAGGCCGGGGACACCCAAGGAAGUUGGGAGGUCCGGAACGCCGAAAGAGGCGGCAAAGCCCCCGACACCGAAGGAUGCUGCGAAGCCCGGAACUCCGAAGGACAACAAGCCCGGGACGCCCAAGGAAGGGACAGAGACACCAAAGACGAGGAAAGAGCCAGGCAAGACUGCGACGCCUCCUGACGUCUCAAGCAAGGCGGCAGGAGACCAGCCCCCCACGAAGAAGCUCCGCGCCAAGGACAUCCAGCAAAACUACAUGGACUCCAUCAUUACGAAAGCAGAGAAGGUCCCCUCGACGGAGUACAUUGCCGCACGCUGUGGCGCGGUGGUUGGUCAAAAGGUUCGCGACGUGAUCGGAACAAUCGAGUAUACCAAGUCCAAUGGGACAAAAGCAGUCUACGCUUGCGCAGAUCUCGUCUAUGAUGUGAAUACGGGUUUCCUGGGACUGGAGGGAGCUUGA